AUGGGGCAGACCAAUGUAACCUCCUGGAGAGAUUUUGUCUUCCUUGGCUUCUCCAGUUUUGGGGAGUUGCAACUCCUGCUCUUUGCCUUGUUCCUCUCUUUGUAUCUCAUCACCCUGACCAGCAAUGUCUUCAUUAUCAUAGUCAUCAGGCUGGAUAGCCAUCUGCACACACCCAUGUACCUCUUCCUUUCCUGCCUGUCCUUCUCUGAGACCUGCUACACUUUGGGCAUCAUCCCUAGGAUGCUCUCUGGCUUAGCUAUGGGGGACCAGGCUAUCUCCUAUGUGGGCUGUGCUGCCCAGAUGUUCUUCUCUGCCUCAUGGGCCUGUACUAACUGCUUCCUUCUGGCUGCCAUGGGCUUUGACAGAUAUGUAGCCAUCUGUGCCCCACUGUACUAUGCCAGCCGCAUGAAUCCCACCCUCUGUGCCCAGCUAGUUGGCACCUCCUUCCUGAGUGGAUACUUCUUCGGACUGGGAAUGACACUGGUUAUUUUCCACCUCUCAUUCUGCAGCUCCCAUAAGAUCCAGCACUUUUUUUGUGACACGCCACCAGUGCUGAGCCUAGCCUGUGGGGAUACAGGCCUGAGUGAGCUGGGAAUCCUCAUCCUCAGUCUUCUGGUCCUCUUGGUCUCCUUCUUCUUCAUCACCAUCUCCUACGCCUACAUCUUGGUAGCAAUACUGAAGAUCCCCUCUGCUGAGGGGCAGAAGAAGGCCUUCUCCACUUGUGCCUCACACCUCACAGUGGUCAUUAUUCACUAUGGCUGUGCCUCCUUCAUGUACUUGAGGCCCAAAGCCAGCUACUUUCUUGAGAGAGAUCAACUUAUUGCCGUGACCUAUACUGUAGUGACCCCUCUCCUCAACCCCGUUGUUUAUAGUCUAAGGAAUAGGGCUGUACAGACAGCUCUGAGGAAUGUUUUCAGAGGGAGAUUGCUUGGUAAAGGAUGAAGGUUACCCCCAUAGGACACUUUCUUCCGAAGAAACCAAGCCAAAGGGUCAGAUAUUCAAGGCCUCAGGCCAAAGCUUUCUUACUGCCAAUCCUCUGGAAGAGCCUUAUCCUGCCUGCUACCCUUCCUUCCCGGCUUCCUGCUCUGCUCACUGUGCACAAGUCAAAAUGAGCCUCAAAUCUGAAUUUUAACUUUCAGCCUCCUAGAUGCCACCCCUAGUUACUGAAACCCAUUAAGAAUUAAAAAUUUAAUUAAGUUAAUUAAGAAUUUUUUUAAUUGAGCUGAACAAAAUGAGGGAAGUUUGGAGUGUUCAAGUUCAAGGCAGGGCUGCCAGGAGCCUAUCAGGGAUACUGCAGAGAUUUCUAAAAUCAUGACAUAAUUAGACUAUUUGACCUGUAAUGUUCUUCCAAGACUUGAAACCUGGUGAAUAUCAGCUUGACAGGUUAGGUUAAUGCUUUGGUAAAUGAAUAGGUGGAUUAUUCUUACGCCUACUGGGUGUCUUUCGUCUUUUUAUGUUUUUAUAUUUUUAAAAUUUCAACGUCUAUUUUAUACACAGUGGGGUCCAUGUGCUUAUAGGUUCAUCAUUGUGCUGUUGACAGUAGCAAAGACAUGGAAUCAUGUUUUUAUAUAGUUGUCCUCACUA